AUGUCCCGAACAAGCCACGACGAGUUCGUCGUGGAAUCUCAAGAACCUGCUGUUAGACGCUCCAGGUUCUGUGGUCUACGUGACUUCUGCGAUUUGGCUGACCUAUGGCUCUCUGCAUCGCGCUUCGGUCACUUCUUUCGCCUCGGUGGAAGCGGCCAUGAGAUUGUCACCUCGUCAGUUUUCCGAGAGGUUCGCGCAGGACUGACCACCUUUGCAACCAUGGCGUACAUCAUCGCGGUCAAUGCUUCCAUGCUCUCACAAACAGGUGGCACGUGUGAAUGCACAUUGACCGAUAAACACCAGUGUGAUAGCAUUCCCAAGUUCGUGACUUGCAAAGAAGAGGUGCGACGCGACCUGAUUACGGCCACGGCUGCUAUCGCCGGCAUGGCAACACUCGUCUUCGGUCUACUCACGAAUCUUCCCGUGGCAAUUGCUCCUGGCAUGGGCUUGAAUGCGUACUUUGCUUUUCAGGUUGUGGGUGUAAACGGCAGCGGCUCUAUUCCGUAUCGCACCGCCUUGACUGCUAUUUUCAUCGAAGGCUUCAUUUUUAUCCUCCUCGCACUGACUGGCAUGCGACAGUGGCUCGUCAAGAUUAUCCCCGCCACACUCAAAACCGCGACUGGUGUUGGAAUCGGCUUUCUUCUUACGGAAGUCGGACUGUCCUACUCUUCUGGCAUCGGCGCCAUUACGGGAGGAGGUGGUGGCUCGCCGCUCACUUUGGGAGGUUGCCCAAAAGAGUUGCUCGAUCCUGCCAGCGGCAUGUGCACAUCUGGUCAGAUGUCGAGUCCUAAGCUUUGGCUUGGUGUCUUCUGCGGUGGUAUUUUCACUGCUUUUUUGAUGGCAUAUCGGAUCAAGUAUGCUCUCGUUAUUGGGAUCGCCUUGGUUUCUGUCAUCUCUUGGCCUCGCAACACUGCUGUUACAUACUUUCCCAACACCGAGGAGGGGGACUCGCGCUUCGAAUUUUUCAAGCAAGUCGUAGCUUGGCAUCCGCUGAGCCGUGUGGCCAACCAGCUUGAAUGGGACAUCCAGACGAGCGGCUCGAACUUUGCGCUCGCGCUGUUUACCUUUCUCUACGUGGAUAUUAUCGAUGCCACAGCCACGUUGUACUCGAUGGUGCGCUUCUGCGGCGUCGUCGACAAGGACGGUGACUUUCCCCGCUCCACCAUUGCGUAUUGCACCGACGCCGCCUUCAUCUCCGUCUCGGCGCUGCUUGGCUCAUCUCCCGUCACGGCCUUUAUCGAGAGUGGUGCUGGUAUUGCAGAAGGCGGGCGCACCGGGCUGACAGCCGUUGUGACAGGCUUAUGCUUUAUCGUGGCCGUCUUCUUUGCUCCAAUAUUUGCCUCGAUUCCGCCUUGGGCCACGGGUUGCACCUUGGUUCUGGUUGGCUGUAUGAUGAUUCGGCAGAUAACGCAGAUCAACUGGCGUUACAUAGGCGACGUGCUGCCCUCGUUUGUCGUCAUGACAUUCAUUCCAUUCAGCUACAGCGUGGCAUAUGGGCUCAUUGCCGGCAUAUUUGUUUAUACCAUGCUCAACGGGCUCAUCGGUGCCAUGGUCUAUAUCUCUGGCGGCCGCUGUGAGCCUCGUGAGUAUGAACUCAAAGAGUACUGGAGCUGGAAAGGCAGCGGCCAGCCGCCGUGGUUCGUGCGCGCCAUCCGACACCACAGCAAGAAGGCAGCUCGGGAUGUUUCCACGCCAGCUGGCGUUCCGGAAUUUCGCUCGCCACAGCAGGAGCGCGUGGUUUCCUUCUCGGGUGACUCGCAAGGCCGAUCCUCGGCCAAGGGCGAGGCUGCGACAGAGAGGGGCAGUCUCCAAGAGCAGCGCUCGACCAAGGAGAACGAGAACCCUGCCAAACGGUUACCAAAAAUGACGCCGAUCAUCUCACAGACACUCUACCAAAAGUUGACCAAUGUUCUUGGUACCCGCUUGCCUGCCACGGAGGUUGAGUUGCCGUGGAACAGAUAA